GUCCGACGCACGCGCGCCGCCGCGAACCAUGCUUAGUUAAAUUAUGUGUAAUAGUGUUAAUUAUAUGGUUGUGAUUCCAUAGAUAUUUUGGAUUUAAAUAAAAUAUAGAAUCUAGUCAAAAUGUUCAGCACAGACUUCGAUGACUAUUGUGAUUUCAACGAUAGUAUUUGUAGCAACGACUCCGGCUUCGAGAGGUCUUACAACGACACACUUACCACGACACCUACCACUCCUUUGAAGCAAGAUCCGAGCGACCUGGGCAUAUCACUCACACCAGGUAAAGAGAGUCAUGCAAGACGAAAACUCUUUAGUGAAGAAUACGAUUACCCUUUCAAAGACUCAAUAGAAACUAUAAAAGCUUUUGAAGAACAUUUAAAACCAACAAACAACACGUCAACGCCAAAGAAAGAAAGAAAAGCAAAAGACCCAAAUAAACCCAAAAGAAAGUAUGCAAAUGGAAAAAACAGAGUAACGCGAUGCAAAAGUCCGACACAAAUAUUGAAAAUAAAAAGAAAUAGACGGAUGAAAGCCAAUGAUAGAGAACGAAAUAGGAUGCACAUGUUAAACGAAGCUCUUGAUAGACUGAGAUGUGUUUUACCCACAUUCCCUGAAGAUACAAAGUUAACCAAAAUCGAAACGUUACGAUUUGCUCACAAUUAUAUUUUUGCACUAAGUCAAACUUUGGAAUCUUUAGACAACAUCAAUUCAGGUCAAAUUCCAGCAGACGGUCUAGCACUAUCUUAUGAAAAAAUACAAAAUUAUUCCAUAGCCGGAGAGAAAGUCACCAAAGAUGCAUUCAGAGACAUGUUUUUCGUGCCGAACAAAUCUGAUUUUGAUGAGACCAGGAAUCAUGGAUGUGGAAAGCCCUUUACUAAUGGAACUCAUUUCAUGCAAACUCCAGAAGGUGUACUUAUCAGUGUCGGUAAUGUCACAGUAUCAGUUAACAAUAAAGGUGGAAAUUGCAUAACUUCGACUACUGGUACAGGAUUUUUCACACAUCCUGCAACUUACGGUGACAACAUGAUACCAAAUAACUACUAUGGAAGACCGUAUGGACCUUGUAACUACAAUGAAACUUACUACGAUACAGGGAACGGACAGGAAGAGUACUUUAAUCAAAAGAACUACGAAAUCUUCAAAAACGCUUUUGAUGAUGCCAAGAAUAAACGUUACGGGAAAAAUGACGAUUAUAGUUAUGUAAAAAGUUCAAAUUCAUUGUUAGAAUACAAUCAAAUGAGCAGUUUUAGUAAUGUCAACGAAUAUACACAAAGUAAUUAUUAUUACGAAGAUCAAAGAUUUUACAGAAAUUCCUAUAACAGGGUACAAACUGCUGUAAACGCUCAAAUGUAGUGAUGUAAUAAUAGUUUUGAAUGUAUGUAAAAAGAAAAGUAAGAUAAAGCUUGAAAUUGACAUUUAUAAUGCAGAUACCUAUUUUAGUUAUAUCUGGUUUAUAAUGCAAGUAUUUUAAAUUUAGAACUCUGGAGAAUAUCAUGAUAAUAUUUAUUUAGGAAUAUUCAGCAAAAAUAUAUGAUGUGAUAUAGCAAAUUGUAUGCAAAUUCAUAACUCUGUACUGUAUACUAGUCUUGUAAAAAAUAUUUUGAUAAGGCAAAAGCUUUAUAUUUAGGAUAUACAAUA